AUGACAACCCUCCAACCCACCACCACCACCACCCAACAAACCCCCCGCCCCUCCACCGAAACCGACCGCCGACACCUCCUCUCCCCCUCGGGCGCAACCUCCCUCCUGUCCUCCACCCAAACCACCCCCCGCGCCUCCCUCGAAAACCCCCCACAACUCCGCCGCGGAACCCUCGCCGACCCGUCCACAACCCAACACCCCUACCGCGGUUUCCCCUCGGAAGCCGCCUACCUCGCCGCCUUCAACGAGUGGGCCGAGAGCAAGAAGUACGUCCAGCACGAUACGAACCUGGUGGGGUUCUAUGGCGAGACGACGAUGCAGGAGUAUGCGGCGCGGCCGAGGCAGGAGUUUGGAUUGAGUAAGCGGUGGAGGGAGAGGAAGGCGAAGAAGGAGGCGAGGAGGGCGAGUGCGGUUUGA